GAUCGGCAGGCCGCGCUGUGGGUGCGGGCGCGGCGGCUGUGCCGGCGUCUGCAGGCGGUGCGGGCCCGCCAGGUGGAGCGGCACGUCCGCCACCAGCUGCACGGCCUCGGCCGACACCUGCAGCGGGAGCGGGACCGGCCCCGGGCGGCCCGGGAGCCCCAAGGACCGCGGCCCGCCGAGCUGCGGCGCCUGGUGGGCAGCGCCACCGCCCUCCUCCGGGCCGUGCAGAAGGACUGCGACUCGGACGCCACCGGCAGCAGCAGCAGCAGCAGCAGCGGCGGCGGCGCCGACGACUUCUCGUCCUCCUCCUCCUCCUCCUCUUCCUCCGCCUCCUCCUCCUCCUCCUCCUCCUCCUCCGGAGCCGACGAGGACGAAGACCAGGAAGAGGAGGAGGAGACCGACACCCCCGCCGAGCCCGGGAGGGAGGACCGGCCGCCCGCGGGGUGCCGUCGGGCCGAGUGGCAGUGGGCCAUGGAGAGGGCCGCCAUCAUCUGUCGCUGGACCUGGCUCCAGGCCCAAGUCUCUGACCUGGAAUAUCGGAUCCGGCAGCAGACGGACAUCUACAAGCAACUCCGAGCCAACAAGGGCCCCGUGGUCCUCGGGGAAGCUCAGCCGCCCGAAGACCCGGCAGCGAGGCCGCAGUGCCGCCCGGCGGACCCCCGGACCCCCGCCGUCACCUCGCCCUCCGCUCCGAAGGCCCCUUCCGGAGAAAGAGGACCGGGCCCUUCCCCGUGCCACCCUGCACGCACCGGACCCUCUGCGGACAAACAGAACCCCCACCUCGCGCUGCCUUCGGGAAACCUCGUGUGUCGACCUCCCUCCUGUCGCCCCAUCAACGGGACUCCUGGCCCCCCAAAAGCCUGUCUGCCCACCCGUCACAUCAACGGCAUCAUCAACUGUUCGCGACCUAACCCCUCGGCUAGCGACCCUGGCCCCGACGAGAGCCCGGGCAAGCGAAAGCGGUGGGACUCCCCAGUCAACCCUCUCUCUCCGCCCGACAGCAGCUGCAUCGCUGCCCGGAGCCGCCCUCUGUGCCGAUACAGGAAGCGCCGGCUACUCCGCACCGACGCGGUCUCAUACCUCAGCAGAAAGCCUCAGAAACCUCUCACCAUGAAGUGUAACUGCGAAUGGCCUCAGACUUGCAUCCUGUGCGAAUGCAAAGCCACCGUCAAGGCCAUAGAUGUCACUGCUAUGACCUUAGAAGAGCGGAUCGGCCUGCUGGAUUCCGGUUUCCAUCCCAUCCUCUCGUUCCCUCACGGCAGCCCGCUUCACUUGCACUUCGAGGCCCUCCUGAAAGAGGAUCGACUCUCGUACAAGGCUCUGAAGAUGUCCCAGCUGAGUCAGGGGGCCCAGGUCCUCACGGCGGCCUACCCGGUGCUAACUCCGUCACCCAUCGCCCUAGCCGGCCCGCCUCUCAGAGGGGAACGACACCCGCGCGGAGCGGCGCCGGCCAACCACGGCCUGUUCGCCUCCGGCCACGACCCGCCGAAAGCCAGCCCGCUGGCCAACCACCUGCCACCCUUCCUGGCGGACGGCCCCACGGCGCCGUCGGCCGCCCAGCCCCCGGCCGGCCACCCCGCGGCUCUGAAGAGGAAGAGACCCGAGAGCUCAUAUGACAUCAACAACAUCGUGAUCCCGAUGUCCAUGGCAGCCGCGGCUCGGGUCGAGAAACUGCAGUACAAAGAGAUCCUGACGCCGAGCUGGAGACUGGUGGAGCCCAAAGAGCUGGAGGCGGGAGAUGAGGGGGACUGCGAGCUGGAGGACACUUCCGACGAGGCCUACCGGAACCACCACACCAAGUACGAAGAAUUGGAGCGCUCCCGCUGGGACUCCUGGACGGCGGCGGCCAUCUCUCACAGAAGAGGGAGCAGCAGGUCCUCCAACAAGGGCGAAGGGCGGGGGACUCCGUCGGCCCCGGGCCGGCCCCCGUCCCCGGACGGCCUCAACGACGCCGGCGCCCCCAGCCCCGAGCUCUGCAGCCUGUGGCCGGCCCUGGCCGUCAAGGACCGGACCCGCGUGCUGUCCUCCUGCAGCGAGGACACCAGUUCCUCCGCCCCGGAGACCCCGGAGGACGCCGUGCAGACAGUCCAGCCCUGGGAGCGCCGAACCUUCCCCCUCUCGGACGCCACGUGCCGCGCCCUCCUGGACCGGCCCGACCGGCCGUCGCCCCGCCCUCCCCCGGCCGCCCCGCGGCCGUGGUGCUCCCACCGCAAGCCCGGCCCCGGGACCGCCGGCGACGCCUCCCCGGAGGCCCCGCCGGCCGGAGGCGGCGGCGGCGGCCGCGUAGACGGGUUCACCGGCCGGGAGUGCUUCCCGGCCCGGCUGCUCAAGAACAGAUGAGGCCUCCGCCGCCCACCGCGGGGUUCUAGAUCUCACGCACGCACGAGCCGGCAGGCAGGCCGGCCUCCCCGCCGCCCGGCGGCCCGAGCUCGACGGACAGAAGGACGGACGGACCGGCGCACGGAGCCGCCGCCCGGAGGACCCGGAUCUGCCGACUCGGGGCGGGCUACGGGACGGGGCCGGCCCGCCCGCCCAGCGGCCCCGUAGCCCGGAGAGAAAAGCCCGCCGGUCUCCCGGCCGGCAGGAGGGGAGCCGGGGGUGGGGAGGGGGGCCCGGGCCCCACCCGACCCGACGCGGUGGGGCGGGGACGGGACCCGCCCGAAGGGGAGGGGGGGGUCAGAGACGCAGCGCAAGGGGCUGCUCUGCCCUGCCUUUCGGGAGGCGCUUGGCUCUCGGGCGACCCGGCGUUGGCCGGGGGGGGGCCCGGCAGC